AGCAGCAGCUAUUCCUGGACCUGAGUGUUUUUCACACAGAGCAGAGCGAGGCGCAGAGCGAGGCGCAGAGCACGCGGGCUGUGAGACUCUGCUGUGCUCGUGCCGCGUUACAAAUAUUAAAGUGGAUCUAUCACACACAGGGCUUUCUCCCUGAGUGCUGCUGUCAUCUGGGCCCGUCUUCAGCUGUGCUCAAACUCAUCAGGCUCCAGAUAAAGAUGUCAUCUUCAUACGCUGCUGCUAUAUCAGCCCUUCUUUCAGCCAGCUCCCAGAAUCAGCCUGUCAAACCCAGCCCUCACCCCUCCCCAGACGCAGCAGGGAGUCCUAAACCUUCCCCCCUGCCCAGUAAAUCUGCCCUCUGCCCUCCAGCUGCACAGAUACAGCCUCAUUCCCCGGAGCCUCUGGGAUCUUAUGAUGAGCAACAGGAGAACCCUGCGGACUAUGGCAUUGGUGGUUACUACCAUGUAGAGAUUGGAGAGAUUUUCGUUGACCGUUACCAAGUGGUUAAAAAGCUGGGAUGGGGCCACUUCUCUACUGUAUGGCUCUGCUGGGACAUAGAGAAGAGGCGUUUUGUGGCUCUGAAGGUGGUGAAGAGUGCUCAGACAUUCACAGAGACGGCACUGGAUGAGAUCAAACUUCUGAAAUGUGUAAGGGACAUGGACCCUAAAGAUCCAAAACGUGAGAGAGUGGUGCACCUCAUUGAGGACUUCAGGAUCACUGGAGCAACCGGAGAGCACGUGUGCAUGGUUCUGGAGGUGCUGGGCCACCAGCUGCUGAGGUGGAUCAUCAAAUCCAACUACACUGGCCUCCCCCUGCCCUGCGUUAAGAGCAUCAUCAGACAGGUUCUGCAGGGUUUAGAUUACUUGCACACUAAAUGCAAGAUUAUCCACACAGACAUCAAGCCAGAAAACAUCCUGCUGAGAGUGGACGAGGUUUACAUUCAGAAACUGGCGGCCAACACCAAGCUGUGGCAGCUGCCAGUGUCCUCUGCUUUCACCAGCUCCUCAGUGAACACGAGCUCCAGAGAAAAACAGAAUUUGUCCAGCUUGUUGGGAAGGCUGACUGGAGUUUUCCACACUCUUGGGGAGUGGUCCAGCAAGGUCUCCAGGAGCCCAAUUAAGCGACUGACGAGGAAAGACAGGAGUCGACGAGGACAGGAGGUUGCAUCUGACCACCAUCAAAAAGAUAAACUUCACGUGUCGUUCUCUGAUGUCCCUGCUCCCUCUAGCACCUCUAGCUCCACACGUCACUCUAAGCUCACAGGGCCUAAGCUCUUGUUAAGGAGGCGCACCCUGCUGUUUGAAGACGGAGUGGACUCGGUUCCACACAGCCACAGAGACUCCAUCUGCCCGUGGCUGGACCUCAACACAGAUGCACCUGUCUCUGGCUCUAGAUCAGUGUUAUUACAUCAGACUGCAGACAAAGAGCCGCCUCCACCUUCACCAUCCUCCCCUCACGGUGUCAGUGAUUCGGAUGUACUUCUGGACCUUCUAAAGCCCCAGAAUGCCGAUAAAAUCUUUAUCAAGAUUGCAGACCUGGGCAAUGCCUGCUGGGUGCACAAACACUUCACCGAGGACAUCCAGACGUGUCAGUACCGCUCUGUGGAGGUUCUGAUCGGCGCUGACUACGACACACCGGCCGACAUCUGGAGCACCGCGUGCAUGGCUUUUGAGCUGGCCACAGGGGACUAUCUGUUCGACCCCCAAGCAGGAGCCACAUUCUCCCGCGAGGAAGAUCACAUUGCCCACAUCAUUGAGCUCCUGGGAACCCUUCCAUCCCAGUUUGCCCUCUCUGGGAGAAAUGCCAAACAAUACUUCAACCGUAAAGGACAACUGCGACACAUCUCAAAGCUGAAGCCAUGGAGCUUGUUUGAGAUCCUGCUGGAUAAGUACGAGUGGCCGCGCGAGGAAGCCGUCCAGUUCAGCUCAUUCCUCCUGACCAUGUUGGAGCUGCUGCCAGAGAAAAGAGCCACAGCUGCCCAGUGUCUAAAACACCCAUGGAUCACCUCCUAGACAUACCAGCUCUGUGUGGUUCAGAGCCCAGUGGACUAGCUCUCUGUUCAGGAGCAGGCUCGGACUGACUCAGACAGGCUCGGACAUCUGACAUGGGCUCAGACAGCUGUGGGAUAUACAGUAGUAGUCUGGUGCUGGCAUCAUGAGCACAGCUUUCAUAAAUAUUUAUUAGCCUAAGUAAGAGCAUUUUCCCAUUUGGGUUGCUGUGUCUUUUAGUAUUUUAGGGGAAGGCACAGCAAUGACAGAGAGGUUUUGUCCUACUGGAAAACUGCCAUGAGACAUGAUCACAAUGUUCAAUUAUUUCAAUAAUAAACUGAUGUAAGAAUGUUUUUUUUUUGAGAAAGGUAAA